AGUACAAAAUUAUGGUGUAACAAUUUUAUAAAGAGAAAUAACGUUUGUAGAUACGAAGUUAGCUAGAAGAAAGAUAUCAUAUAAUAUAUCUGGGGUAGGAUUGUGGAAUGGAAGGAUUGGAUGGGUUCAUAGAGAGAUUGUUGGAAGGAAGGAAGAACAAAGGCAAACGGAUUCAGCUGAUCGAGUCCGAAAUCCGACAACUUUGCAUCAAAGCCAAAGAGGUUUUCCUUAGACAGCCUAUGCUUCUUGAGUUAGAAGCUCCCAUCAACAUUUGUGGUGACAUACACGGUCAAUUCCUGGACCUCCUGAGGUUGUUUGAGUACGGCGGUUACCCACCGGAUGCCAACUACUUAUUCCUCGGAGACUAUGUGGACAGAGGAAAGCAAAGCAUCGAGACCAUAUGCCUUCUCCUUGCUUACAAGAUCAAGUACCCUGACAACUUCUUCCUCCUGCGCGGAAACCACGAGUGCGCUUCCAUCAACAGAAUCUACGGAUUCUACGACGAAUGCAAGCGCCGGUUCAGCGUCCGCCUGUGGAAGAUCUUCACUGACUGCUUCAACUGCUUACCAGUGGCCGCAGUCAUUGACGACAAGAUCUUCUGCAUGCACGGAGGGCUUUCCCCAGACCUAGAAAGUUUGGAUCAGGUCAGAGCCAUUGAAAGGCCUGUUGAUGUGCCGGACCAAGGACUCUUGUGUGACCUUCUUUGGGCUGAUCCUGAUAGGGAUAUUAAGGGGUGGGGUGAAAAUGACAGAGGAGUUUCCUUCACCUUUGGGACAGAUAAAGUGGCUGAGUUCUUGAAGAAACAUGAGCUUGAUCUUGUAUGCCGAGCUCACCAGGUGGUGGAAGAUGGAUAUGAGUUCUUUGCAGACAGGCAACUUGUGACCAUAUUCUCAGCCCCCAACUAUUGUGGAGAGUUCAACAAUGCCGGUGCCCUUAUGAACGUGGAUGCAAGCUUGCUAUGCUCAUUUCAGAUUCUCAAACCUUGGAAAGGGAAAGCCCCACAGCAGGAAUAAAUAAAUCCACGAGACAGAUUAGAGAAACAAAAUAUGAUGGAAAUGCAAAAGGAUAAAUCCAUGAUGAGUGUUACGUGGCAGAUUUGUUUGUU